AUGAAGCGUUUUUCGUCGAUUCUUCAACGGGCAAGAGGCAGAAAGCCUUCUCCUUCUCCUCCAAACUCACAAGCGCCAGCUCCCACACCGCCACAACAGUCCAAUACUCAGGCCUCAGGUGCUACUCUUAACAUCGCCUUGCAGAAUCAAACUACGUCGUCCACCGUAUAUGCGUACGUCACUGGAACUGCAAUUGACAACAACAAUGCUCUUUUUCUGCUAUCCUCCGACGGGCACACUCCUUACUAUCCUACCUCUCCUGGCGGGACAGGCUCAGCUCUUAGUCAGAAUUGUGCCAUCGCACUCGGUCCACCAGGAAACACGGUGAAUGUGACAAUCCCACACAUCGCUGGAGGGCGGAUCUGGUUCUCUGUUGGGUCACCCCUGACAUUUCUUCUUAACCCAGGACCAGCCUUGGUCGAACCAUCAGUAACGAACCCCUCAGAUCCCAACACGAACAUCAAUUGGGGCUUCGCCGAGUUCACGUUCAACAGUGAUCAGCUCUACGCAAACAUCAGCUACGUCGACUUUGUCGGUCUCCCCAUCGCUCUGACCUUGACUACGGUCAACAGUGGAACCCAGCACGUCUCAGGCAUGCCCGCCAACGGCCUCGACCAGGUCUGCAGUGGUUUGCGUGCACAACACGCUACCGACGGCAAAGGCUGGGAUCAGUUGGUCGUAACGCGUAACGGGCAGAACUUGCGUGCGCUCUCUCCCAAUCAAGGCAUGGUAAUGCACCCCGACCUCUUCAGUGGGUACUACGACGACUACGUGAAUCGCGCAUGGUCCAAGUAUGCCAGUCAGCAGAUGUCGAUUGACACGCAAGCUUCGUAUGGGACCGUGUCCGCACAAGUAUCCGCGGGCAAGUUGUCGUUUGGCGGUUCUGUAUUCUCCAAGCCGUCGACGCGCGAUAUCUUUACGUGCUCGACGGGGCCUUUUGCCACAGGGGCCAAUGCUGAGACCAACGCAAUCAUCCCUCGGCUUGCUGCGGCGUUCAAUCGAUCGACUCUACUGGUCAGCAACACCUUCCCCGCGGAUCAGAGCUUGUACUAUCAGGACCCUGUGACCAAUCACUACAGUCGCAUCGUGCAUGGCGUGAACCUCGACGGCAAGGGCUACGCCUUUCCAUAUGACGAUGUCCAGCCUACCAGUGGGAAAGAUCAGAGUGGUGAAGUGCACGCCGGAGAUCCAAAACUGUUCACCGUCACCGUUGGUGGUCAGAAUGCAUCUGUGGGCGUGCCCAAGGACAAAGAUGAGCUUUAG